GGGGCCUUGGCGGAAGGAAGCGCUUUGCCUGAGAGGAAAGGUGGCAGAGGCGUUUGUUUGGGUCCGAGUGGACUGCGGGAGGGAGCUAAAGAGGAAGGGCAGAAGCCGGCCGCUAUGGGGGUGCCGAAGUUUUAUCGGUGGGUCUCGGAGAGGUAUCCUUGCCUCAGUCAGGUGGUGAAGGAGCAUCAGGUCAGCAAAGGAAGCAGAAGACAAAAUUAAGAAGGCAUUAGAAAAAGGAGAAAUUCUUCCAACUGAAUCCAGAUUUGAUUCUAAUUGCAUUACACCAGGGACUGAAUUCAUGGCCAGGUUGCACGAACACCUGAAGUAUUUUGUAAAUAUGAAGAUUUCCACAGACAAAUCUUGGCAAGGCAUAACGGUCUACUUAUCAGGCCACGAGACACCAGGAGAAGGAGAACAUAAAAUUAUGGAAUUUAUUAGAUCAGAAAAAACAAAGCUUGACCAUGAUCCAAACACAAGACACUGUCUCUAUGGUUUAGAUGCUGACUUGAUAAUGCUUGGGCUGACAAGUCAUGACCCACACUUCUCCCUUUUAAGAGAAGAGGUCCGGUUUGGUGGCAAAAAAUCACAAAGAGCAAGUGCCCCAGAAGAAACCACUUUUCAUCUUUUGCACUUAUCAUUAAUGAGAGAAUAUAUUGACUAUGAAUUUUCAUCAGUUAAAGACAAGAUUUCAUUUCCAUAUGAAAUUGAAAGAAUAAUAGAUGACUGGAUUUUAAUGGGUUUUCUUGUUGGAAAUGAUUUUAUUCCUCAUCUACCUCAUUUUCAUAUUAACCAUGAUGCAUUACCGCUGCUUUAUAAAACAUACAUGACUACAUUGCCUGAACUUGGAGGUUAUAUAAAUGAAAGUGGGCACCUCAACUUGCCCCGCUUUGAAAAAUACCUUAUAAAAUUGUCAGAUUUUGAUCGUGAACACUUCAGUGAAAUCUUUGUAGAUCUAAAAUGGUUUGAAAGCAAAGUUGGUAAUAAAUAUUUAAAUGAAGCAGCUGGUAUUGCAGCCGAAGAGUCAAAAAAACAAAAAAAUCUCAAGGCUCAGGAAAAUGUUAUAUGCUUGGAUGCUUUAGAGAAAACUGACAAUGGAAGUGUAGAAGCUUCAAAAACAGCAGUAGAAGAUGAACUGGAAGAUGAGGAUUUGUUUGAAGCAGAAUUUAGACAAUACAAACGAACAUAUUAUAUGACAAAGAUGGGUGUAGAAGUUGUUUCAGAUGACUUUCUGGCUGACCAGGCAAAAUGUUACGUCCAGGCAAUACAGUGGAUAUUGCAUUAUUACUAUCAUGGGGUUCAAUCAUGGAGCUGGUACUACCCUUUCCAUUAUGCACCUUAUCUCUCAGAUAUUUGCAAUAUCAGUGAACUGAAGAUUCAUUUAGAUUUAGGAAAACCAUUUAUGCCAUUUGAACAACUUCUUGCAGUACUUCCUGCAGCUAGCAAGGAUUUAUUACCAAAAUGUUACCAGCAUUUAAUGACUGGUGAAGAGUCUCCCAUUAUUGAAUAUUAUCCAACAGAAUUUAAAACUGAUUUAAACGGAAAGCAACAAGAGUGGGAAGCUGUAGUUUUAAUCCCAUUUAUUGAUGAGAAACUAUUAUUAGAAGCCAUGGCACCGUGCAACAAGUUAUUGAAAGCAGAAGAAAAGCAAAGAAAUAGGCACAGUGAAUGCCUAAUGUGCUUCUAUGAUAGAGAUAAAGAAUUCCGGUAUUUAUCACCAUGGCCAGAAAAGUUCCUUUCCAUAGAAAAGUGUCAUACGAGGUGUGAACCUGUGUCUAUGGAUGCUUGGCAUGUGGAUAUAGCUGAUAAUAAAAUAACUCAAUUAGAUACUGAAAAGUUAUAUUUUUGUGGCUUUCCUACUCUAAAACAUAUUAAACACAAGUUUGGUCUGAAAAAAAGUGGAGUGCAAGUAUUUCAGCAAAGCAGUCAUGGAGAAAAUAUGUUGCUGGAAAUUAUAGCUGCAGAAGACUCAGAGGAGUUGGAUAUAGAAAAAGUAGCCAGUUUGAUACUUGGGAAUUCAAUCUUUGUUAACUGGCCACAUCUUGAGGAAGCAAGAGCUGUUGCUGUAUCUGAUGGUGACACUAAGUUUUACUUGGAGGAGCAUCCUGGAACCCAAAAACUUUAUAGAGGAAAUGCUGUGCCACCAACUAAAGUAGCAUUUGUUGGAGAAAAGGAAAAUAAUGUAUGGAUAAAAGAAAUCCAGGGAAUUUCAGAACACUACCAAAGAAGAAAAGGAGUAAUUAUAAAUGAGACAUCUAUAAUUGUAUAUGCCCAAUUACUAACUGGGAGUAGAUAUCAGUUAAAUCAAAACGGUGAAGUGUAUUUUGAAAAACAGUGGUCCAAGCAAAAUCUACCUUUUGCAUACCAGACAAUUGUGAAGGAUAUAAAAACUUUUGAUUGCCACUUCUCCAAACUAAAAACUUUGGAUGACCUAUUCCCUCUUGGAUGCACAGUUUUCAUGCUAGGAACACCUUACUAUGGCUGCACAGGAGAAGUUCAAGAUUCCUCUGAUGUAAUCUCAGAUGGCAGAAUCCGUGUUGUUUUCAACAUUCCAAUUGAACCUCAGCUGGAUAUCUUAAUACAGAAUCAGCAUAAAUAUUCUGUGAAAUAUAAUCCUGCAUAUGUGUUGGCCAGUCGUCUUGGAGUGAGCAGCUAUCUUGUGUCAAGAUUUACAGGAAGCAUUUUUGUUGGAAGAGGAACCAGGAGAAAUCCACGUGGAGACCAUAAAGCAAAUGUAGGUUUAAAUCUGAAAUUCAAUAAGAGGAAUGAAGAAGUCCCUGGCUACACUAAAAAAGUUGGAAGUGAAUGGAUGUACUCUUCUGCAGUGGAACAGCUUUUAGCUGAAUAUUUAGAACGGGUACCAGAACUUUUUACCUACUUAGCCAAAAAUAGUUCAGAAUAUAUAUUUUAUGAAGAUGACAUUUGGCCUGGUGAAGAGGAGAAUGGGGCUGAGAAGGUUCAAGAAAUCAUGUCAUGGGUGAAGUCUCAUCCUGUCAGUGCACUUUCACGUUCAUCUUGUGAUUUGCAAAUUCUGGAUGCAGCUAUCAUUGAAAAGAUUGAAGAAGAAAUAGACAAAUGCAAGCAAAGAAAAAGUAAUAAGAAAGUGCGUGUGACAGUGAAACCUCACUUAUUAUACAGACCUUUAGAACAACAAAAUGGAAUUUUACCAGAUCAAGAUGCAGAAUAUCGAUUGUUUGACCGUGUUGUGAAUGUGAGAGAGAACUUUUCUGUUCCCCUUGGACUUCGUGGUACUAUAAUAGGAAUUAAAGGAGCCAGCAGAGAAGCUGAUGUACUAUAUGAAGUACUGUUUGAUGAAGAAUUUCAUGGAGGUUUAACAAUAAGGAGUUCACCUUCCAGAGGAUACCGCAUGCCAGCUUGUGCCUUAAUUAACAUAUCUUAUGGCUAUCGAACUGAAACAGGAAAUCAGAAGUUAACAGCCAUAGUUAAGCCACAGCCAGCUGUGAGUUCCUACAACUCAUAUUCAUCUGAAUCCUUUUCUGUAUGUUCCCAAAAAGCACAUCUAGGAGGCCUCAAUCAUUCUCCUCGUUCCCUCUUUGUUCCAACUCAACAAUUGAAUGGAAGACAGCAUAAUAGUAUCAAAGCAGAAAAGCAGGGCAAUUCCAGUUCUCAGCAGAAAGUAACCUAUACAAGUAGCCAUCAGAAAUAUAAACAAGCUCACAAUAAAAAAGAUGAUGAAUUUUGCAACAUUUGGCAAUCAUUGCAGAACCCUGGAAAGUCUCAGCCUUCCAUACAAAAUAAGGAUGAAAUGGUUGAAGAUUUUUUACCUCCAUAUAUAAAAUUUGGUGCCAGUAAUAGGUCCUGCAAACCAGGUUUCAACGAGAAUAGCUUUAAAAGCCAGCAAAAAGCCCAGGACUCAUCUAGGAAAUCCAAAGAAGAUUCUAAAGAGCCAAGAAAUGAAGGUCAAACACAAAAAAUAUCAAACAAACUGAAUUUUGCAGGUGUAAGUAAGAGUAAUGUAAAGCUUCUGAAGAGAAAUGAAGGCUCAAGUACACAAAGAGAACAAAAACCUGUAGUUCAUGAUCCCAGCAUAACUACAAAGGUAAGAUAUGGUUGACUAAAUAGAAAUAUAUAUUUGAUUGUACUCUGGAAAGAAAUAGUUACUAACCCAUAACGGAAAGCUGGAAAAUUCCACCACUCUCCAUUUGUUAUUGGACAACAAUUCUAAACUACCUUCACAAUUGGCCAUGAUUAACUGGAACUGAUGGGAAUGUAAGUGAAUCAAGAUCUGGAACUAUAGAUUCCUGCUCUUGCCAAAGUACUUAAAUAUUGCAUUUAAUUUUGUUUGUGGCUGUGUUUCUUUAUAGAAUUACAUUUAUGCUGAUAAUGUAAAGCCAGUGGUGGGAUUCAACCAGUGUAACAACUGGUUUGCUGAGUAUGCGCUCAGGGGAGAUUUUUAUAGUGUCUACAGUAAACUAGGUCACUUACAUGUUUAAAACAAUGAACAAGAUCAGCAUAUUAGAAGUUCUAUAAUGGAUUGUUGUUAAAUUGUCCCUAGUAUGGUUUACUGUUCUGACCCCCCCCCCUUCUCCGUCUAGGAACGAAAGACAAAACAGACGCACAAAAGAAUGUUUUAAUCAGUCUUGUUGGCUGCAAGCCCAAAAUAAACAAAUAGAUAAUCUCUCUGGCAGCAAUUACUACAAACCUAGACAAUGCAAACAAGCUUCUCACAGCAAACCACUUAUCCAAGUUGUUUUCUCUGAAUCAUGAAC